UCACUGUUCUUCCUUCGCGCACGUUCCACCAUUUAUGCAGAUCAACGCACGCUACAGGCUCGUUCACGCUUUGCCGCUUUGCUUUAACUGCUUGGUUAAUUCCUUUUGCUUCUCGAGAACGGUGAGAUUUUCGAUCUGCCGCAUCCUCUGUCUUUCCAAGUCCUUGAUGACGCCCUCGUGGAGUUGCAAGCGGUCCACUUCUUGCCGAUAAUGCACGUAGAAUACGAUACCCAAGCUCGCCGCUACAGAUGUGGCGAGACACACCUUCGCCAUCGUCGACAUGAUACUUUCUGGACACAGGUAGGUUCCCGACACGGUGAAUUCACGCGUCAACGCGCGCGACCGUCGGGCGGCAGCACGUUCACUUCACACAGUCAUGAAAUAAAGCUCCGAAACGCCGACCACACGUGCUUACGCGCAGCGUUCGGCGACGAAUUAUUCAAGGCUUGAUUGGCGGAGGGCCGCUAAACAAACCACCAGGGGGAUGAAACGCUGGACGAUCAAUGGCGGAAGCAUCAUUUCCGAAACGAACGGCUCGGGUUAAAAGUUUUAACCGACAGAAAUCGUCCUUUUCGGCGUUUUCGGCAUGGCUGCGCCGUCGUCGUUGCUGCUUGCCUUCAAAGCAAAGAUUGAAGAGUCGGUAGCACUGGUUCCUGACAUGGGGGCCGAAGAAAAGCUGAAAGCUGUACAGUUCUGGAACGUGGUUUCGGAGAGGCUACAACAGAUUGUGAAUGACAGUGCCGCUGACAUCAACGCGUUGGCACUCAACAUGCACGGCGAGGACAUCAAUGUGGCUUCACUUCACGAUGAACAACAAUCACAUGCAAAAAUGGCACAGCCUUACAUUGAAGCACAUGGAUACAGUUCUGAAAACCUUUAUGCAGAAGCUGCCGAGGAGUUCGAUGUCACGGCCACGUCAGAAGGCCACCAGCAGGAGCUCCUGGCAUUGUCCGCUGAGCUUGAACAAGUUGGUUCGUCGCAGCCAUCUACGCAGGGCAACUUCAAUGGCGUCUCUCUCGAACAGGAAAGCCUUGACGUGUCAGAAGGGCCGCUUCCCAAGGACUCUACGGUGCUCCUCAUUUCAACCCAGGCGGAGGACUGCCCAACAGAUGCCACAUUUGAUGUCGCGCAUCAGCAGAGUCACGAUCCCGAGGUUUUAUCGCAGCAUGAGUACGGCCAAAACAGCAGCCUGGUUCUUCAGAUGCCGGCAAAGUCGUCGAACUUGGCACCGAACAAGGACAACUCCGAGCAGUGGCAGUCUUGUUCAGAAUACGCUGCCAAGCCAAAGUUUCAGAGAAAACGACGUCCUUCAACGAGAAAAAUGAACACUAAAAACUCUGCUAAGAAGGCUACAGGCAGCAAGAAAGCUGCGGGAGUGCCAGUUGCCACCGAUCAGACGUCUUCUAGCACAGCAUCAAAUAUUCAGCUUGAAAGCACUCAGGGCAUUGAAACAACCGAAGUGAUUGUGAUCCAGACUCGGAAAAAGCCCAAGAAAUCCAAAGAAGAAAAGGACAGGCAGUGCAAGGUCUGUCUGAAGGAGCUGCCCAACAAUUCUUCAUUGACAACCCACAUGUGGACCCAUGAACGGCCGUUUGCCUGUGCUGAAUGCAACGCUCGUUUCUCCACAAAAAACAACUUAGUGGUUCACCAGAGGACUCACUCGGGUGAAAAGCCGUAUGCCUGCGACGAAUGCAAUGCCUGCUUCUCAACACGAGGCAACCUCAAGCGGCACGUCAAGAUGCACACAGGUGUCAAGCCCUGGAAGUGCAGCCACUGUGAGCAGUGCUUUACAGAGAAGAAGACCUUGGUCGCCCACAUGCGGCGGCACACUGGCGAGAAGCCUUACGAGUGUGAGGUGUGCCAGCGGCGGUUUGCCCAGUCAGGUGUCCUGCGCAUGCACAUGGCCGUGCACUUGGGCCAAAAAUCGCACCUGUGUGAGCACUGCGGCAAGGCGUUUCGGCAGCGCUCACAGCUGCACCUGCACAUGCAGCGGCACCAGGGGAUGCGACGCUACUCCUGCGACUCCUGCCCCUCGAAGUUUCUCACCAAGGCUGACAUGAUGCGUCACGAACGGACACACACGGGGGAACGCCCUUAUGCGUGCAGCAUCUGUGGAAAGAAAUUCACUCGGCAACAGUCGCUCAAUGAGCACACCAACCGUCACUACGGCAUCAAGCCUUAUGAGUGCAAGUACUGUGACAAGACAUUUGCAGAGAUGUCAGCAUGUUAUAAGCAUAUCAAGCUUCACUCCAAAACUGAGAAUGGGGAGAAUAAUGAGAGUGCUCAGGACACCGUAAAAAUGGCGGAGAGCCACAUUCCAUCACUCCCCGAGACUGCUUUGCAGAUUGCAGGAAGUAUGCGGUCAGCAACUUCAACUGAUGAAUCUGGCAGGAUAGAGCCGAUAGUAACGUCCGAGGCUAUAAACAGGCACGUAGUACCAGGUGUCACUGAAACCGUGGUUUCACAUGAGGCCGCCAUGUCUGGAACGGCACAUGCAACUUGUGUGGGUCGCUCGCCCGAGUUCUCUGCCAUGGAUUUACUAGCUACCGCUUCAGGCUUUUAGUGCUGCCAUUUGAAGCGAGUGGAGUGUGACUGCUUUGGUGUGUAUAUGUGUGUGUGUGCGUACGCUUGCGACCUUCAAGAACAUUUGAUUUUAUUUACAAGACACUCGGUGUGUUGAAAGCUACAGACACAAGUAAGUACUAAUUGGCAGAGCCAACAUGGCAUAUUGGUAUUGUAUAUAUGUGUUAAUGACUUCGUAAUAUAGCGUGGUGGCCUGCUUGUGAUAUCUGUUUUCUCCAUGCUCAGAAACAUACGAGUUGCUUUAUAUAGGUUCAGCUUACAGAAGUUUAUAUCAGUUGAAUCAAUGCAAUGAGCAUGCAAGUGAUUAAAGAAAACACAAAGAACAUGGGUAGAAUCUCAUUUGUGUUUGGUCAUGGUUCGGUUUUUCUGUGUUUUCCUUCUGUUCACGUGAUAAACCAGAAGCUGCAUUUUUGAUGACAACAGCUGCCUCGUGGCAAAACAGAGCAAUACCAACUUUGAAUAUAUUACAAGGACGAUGAGACCGGCAAGAGUGAAGUUGUUCAGUGCAAUCGGUGAAUAUGCUUCCUUGUCCACGUUUUCUACAUAAGUUGUAAAUUAAACAUUUUUUUUUCUUCUGGCUGCUUUUGUCUUACCACUGCCUGGAUGCUCCUUGCCCAGUUCAUUGGGCCUCGCGUCACUCUACCCAAGAGACCCCGGGGCUUCUCGUAACAAUUGUUUCGGCCAACAUCGUGCUGCCAAAAAAAGAACACUGGUGGCGGUCACUCGACAGCUGAGAAGUCCACACACCUGUACACUGAUUGCAGCAAAUAACUUUAGUCUUGCCAGUCUUGUCGUCCUUGUGUUAUAGUCAGAGUUAGUAUUGCUCUGUUAUUCAUGUAAUAUGUGUGAUCAUUUUUGCAUCCUCACUUGAUGUCUAGUCAGCUGCGUUUAUGUAGUAGCACUAGUUUGUUUGAGCAUUCCAUGUCAUACAUGCUUUUAUUGUGCUAGCCGUGUUGGUACCUGGGCAUUUUAAUCUUGAUCUAACAAUGCUACUGGCAGCCACAAAGUUCUUCAGUCAUAAUUUAAACAAAAUUGACAGAACCCACGUACAGUGGGAAUCGAUGAUAUCCAAAACAGGAAUGAAUAAGGUU